CUCUCUUCCUCUCUCUAAAUUGUAAAAACUAAAAACAGUACUAAAUCUCUCUCUAUCACUACAUACUUCAGCAACGCCUUUUGAUCUUGCAACUCGUCCACAACUUUAUUCUUUGUUUUUUCUCUCCCGUUUUCUUUCCCCCGUCUUUUUUUUUUUCAUUUUUGUCUUCUUUUUUUUUUUUUCUAUUUUUGUUGAUGUGAAAUGGAGAAGCGCCAUCUGUAAAUGCCUCUUUUCGUUCUCUCUCUACUUCAUCGUUCGCGGCGAAAGAAGACUCUGCAACAUCUCCAGUAAUGAAGUGUUUGUGCUACCCCUCUAGUUCGGAUCUGUAAGUCCUGGCAUUCAUAAUGGAUCUCUAAAAUCAGUCUGACCCGACGUGCUGCAAGUUUGAGACACACCUCUAAGUUGUUCAUUUGUAAACGUGUGUAUUAGUUGACUGUUGCCCCUAGCCAUGGUUCUCGGGUUGAGAACUAAGAACCGAAAAGGAUCUACAGUCAAUGUAGAUUAUGUCAUCCACAUUCAAGAGAUUAAACCGUGGCCACCAUCCCAGUCUUUGAAGUCUCUUCGCUCUGUGACACUGCAAUGGGAAAACGGUGAACGCCAAUCUGGUAGCACAAAGAUUGUUACCCCUCUCACUGCAGAUGGAAAAAUCGAGUUUAAUGAAUCCUUCAGGCUUCCCGUCUCCUUAUGCAGAGACUUAUCUGCAAAAACUGAGACAUAUCAGAAGAACUGUUUGGAAAUGAAUCUUUAUGAACCGAGGAGAGACAAGACAAAAGGGCAGCUUUUGGGUAGUGCUAUGGUGGACUUGGCAGAGCAUGGGAUUUUGAAAGAUGCGGUGAGUAUUAGCGUUCCAAUGAAUUGCAAGAGGAGCUUCAGAAACACUGCUCAACCUGUUGUGUAUAUUCAAAUUCAACCAUUUGAAAGAGACAGUGCCAGUUUCUCAUCGAGGGAUUCUCUAGCAAAAGAGUCAUCUCUGGACAAGGAUGAUGGCAAAGAAUCUAUCUCUACUUUGAUGAGUGAAGAGUAUGCAGAGGAAGCUGAAAUUGCAUCUUUUACUGAUGAUGAUGUUUCCUCACACUCUUCGUUACCUGGUUCUCCAUCUGAAGCUGAGGCCAGAAUCCAAGAAUCAGGUGACACUGGAGAUUCCAGGCAAGGGGCUGAAGAGAGUCCUGGUGAAGCUACUAAGGAGAGCAGAGAAAAGGUCAGCAUGCUGCCUGCCUUACCUCUGGAAUCACCGGCUCAUAACAACUCUACACCAAUCACUAAGAAACCCGCAGCUCCUGAAGCUUCUUCUUCAUCCAUUACUCCUGAAGGUGUGAAUGUUGAAGAUGGAUAUAAUGGCGAUACAAAGGGUGCUGAUAAUAAUAACAUAGUGGUGGCUAAUGAAAAGGAGGUUGCCCUUAAUGGUGAAGUGAAGGAAACUAUUUUGCACUUGACAAAAGAAGAAAAUAAUUCAUAUGGUGUAAACUCUAGAAUUCAGUUUAGUGAUUCAAAAAUACAAUUAGGAGACAAGACGCCAUCUUUUACUGACUCUACUCACUCCAACUCAAGCUUUGAAAAUGAUGGACAAAAUGGGACAGAGGAUGUAAAAGUGAAUAAGAUGGUUAUGGAGGAGCACAAAAAGGAUAAUCAUCCAAUUGGUCAUUAUGAAUAUCUUGAAGUAGACAGUGAACAUUCUGAGGAUGAACAGCUUGCAAACAUUCCCAGAAAGGAUGUUAAUCUCAAAAUUGAGAACAGUUCUCAUGCAAUGGCUGAAAGUGAGGAACCAAUCCCAGAAGUUAAGCAGCUGCCUAAAAUGUCACAAGGUAGUUUUAUAAAGUCGACAAAAACAGGCAAUGACUUGCAGAGUAAUAACUGGGGUGCACCAUCAAAUCCUAGAAUUUCAACUGAAAGCCAAACACAGUAUAAGAUGACAUCUGUUAACCAUCCACAUGAGUCAUCAGUGUGUGUAUCAUCAGAGACCGAUGAUGACAAUGUUGAGGUGGAAGAAGUAAAGGAAAUUGAUGUUCUGGGGGAUUCUCCCAAUGAUAAAAUUCUUAGGAACAAUAAACAAAGACCUAAUCUGCAUGAGAGUAGUGUUAACAGUCACAAAGCUAAAUAUGUUUCUAGAGAGAGGAGUAGCAUUUUUUCUGAUACUAAAAUCCAGCGCUUGGAGCUGAAAAUUGAGGCACUUGAGGCAGAAUUGAGAGAAGCUGCUGCAACUGAAGUUGCACUUUAUUCCAUAGUUGCAGAGCAUGGUAGUUCAUCACAUAAAGUCCAUGCUCCAGCUCGACGCCUGUCAAGGCUAUUUAUUCAUGCCUGCAAGCAUUGGCCCACAUAUAGAAGGGCAAGUACUGCUAAAAGUAUUGUUUCAGGACUAGUUUUAGUCGCAAAAGCCUGUGGAAAUGAUGUGCCAAGGUUAACAUUUUGGUGGUCAAAUUAUGUUGUCCUGAGAGCGAUCAUCGCCCAAGGUUUUGGUAAAUCAAACUUUCCAAAAGCGGCAGAACAUUUCAACAAAUUAAAUGAUACUGAUAAGGGAAAUGAUAGAAAAUAUUCUCCAUUAAACUGGAAGGAGAAUUCUCCUAAGAAUCAGGCAAAGAAAUCUGGCCUUACUCAGUUAUCGGAUGACUGGCAGGACAUCAAUACAUUUAAAUCUGCAUUGGAAAAGAUCGAAUCCUGGAUAUUUUCCCGCAUCAUUGAGUCAGUGUGGUGGCAGACUUUGACACCAUACAUGCAGCCUUAUAAUGGUGAAGGUCUUGAAGGAAAAUUUUGUUUGAACUUACACAGAAGCUUUCGAAGGCUUCCAAGCUUGGGUGAUCAGCAGCAAGGAAGCUUUUCUAUAAACCUUUGGAAGAAGGCCUUUGAAGAUGCCUUUGAAAGGCUCUGUCCAGUGCGAGCAGGAGGGCAUGAAUGUGGCUGCUUGUCUGUACUAGCUAAAUUGGUUAUGGAGCAAUGUGUUAAUAGACUAGAUGUGGCCAUGUUCAAUGCCAUUCUACGUGAAUCAGAAGAUGAAAUGCCAACAGAUCCUGUCUGUGAUCCUAUAGGAGAUCUCAAGGUUCUCCCUAUUCAAGCAGGGAAUUUGAGCCUUGGUGCCGGUGCAAAACUCAAAACUGCUGUGGGAACCUGGUCCAGAUGGUUAACGGACCUAUUUGGUAUUGACGCUGAUGACUCCCCUGCAGAUGAUGACGAUCUUGAUGAUGACAGACAAGAUACUUCAAAAGCCUUGAAAACUUUUCAUCUUCUUAAUGCAUUGAGUGACCUUUUGAUGCUCCCCAAAGAUAUACUCUUGGAUCCAUCCAUCAGAAAAGAGGUAUGUCCGACUUUUGGUGCACCGUUGAUAAAACGAGUCUUGUGCAAUUUUGGGCCUGAUGAGUUCUGUCCAGAUCCUGUUCCUGAUGAUCUGCUAGUGGCACUUGAUUCAGAGGUUCCACCGAAGCAGCAAUUCGAUGGCAGAAAUGAUCAAAUCGGUGGUUUCCCAUGUGUUGCUGCUCCCAUUACAUACUCACCACCCUUCGUGGCUUCUACUGGUGAGGUUGUAGGGGCUGUUGACUUUGGGAGGAGUCCUUCAUCAUCCUUGUUGCGCAAAGGCCACACGAGUGAUGACGAGCUUGAUGAAUUGACCGUACCCUUAGCAUCCAUUAUCGACAAGAUUCCAGAGUCCCCGAAAGAGACAUCCAUGGAAAAGAGAUGGAAAGAAAGAGGUCCAAAUGUGCGAUAUCAACUUCUUCAAGAUGUGUGGCUGGAUUGACAUCUGAUACAAUUUCUAUUACAUCAAAUCGCUAGCUAGAUCCCUGCAGAGGCCUGUUAUAUAAUCAUUCAUUGUGUUAAGUUGCUGUUUUUCCCCAGAAAAUCAGGUCACAUGGUUGAGUUUAAACCACUAAUAUUGGGGCCCUAUUUUUUCAGUAAAAAUAAUAAGCUGUAUUUUCCAUCUAUUUUCUGUUGCCUUUCCCAUUUGUAAAGCAGUAACAGAAGUCUAAAAUGACAAGAGCUAUAGUUUAUUAUUCCUAUAAUGGAAUCCCCUAUCUUUGUAUUUGUUUUUUC